GGUUCGGAGCGCCGCGCUGCCAUUUUGUUGGCGGCUGCCGCGGCUGCGGGUCGUGGCUGUUGGUGUGGCCGAGGUGCUGCCCGUAGUGGCGGCUCGGGGCGCUUUUAAAAGGGGUUUUAAUUUGUUGGGGGGCGGCAGCGCCCCAGCCCUGUUUUAAUCUGCUAUGUCUGGCGACGGAGGUACCGGCGAACAGGCUGCUGAAUAUGUCCCAGAAAAAGUGAAGAAAGCUGAAAAGAAACUAGAAGAGAAUCCAUAUGACCUUGACGCUUGGAGCAUUCUCAUUCGAGAGGCACAGAAUCAACCUAUAGACAAAGCACGGAAGACCUAUGAACGCCUUGUUGCCCAGUUCCCCAGUUCUGGCAGAUUCUGGAAACUGUACAUUGAAGCAGAGGUUAAUAUUUUAACAUUCUUUCUUAUAUAACAUUUAAUAGGAAUUUAAGUUUACACUCUCAUUCAUAAAUAAGAUAGGCACAUGAAAUCUAGGGGAAGGUGGGAUUUUAAGUAUACCUUGCAUUUAUUUUGUAAAAUAGGUACAAAGGAGUAAUUAAAGUGAAUUCUAAAGUAUUUGGGUCUUUUAUGAGUUGAUGAUUGUUGCAUUAUGGAAUUGCAACAACAUUAAAACAGUUUCAAUGGUA